AUGAAUAAAGUCACAACGCCACCGAGAAGCACGGUUUUUAGAAAAGAUCCACACGCCGCACAGAAGGACUACGAAGUUACAUCGUCGUCGGAUGAGUCGGAUGGCUACCUGUCGCCGUUCAAUGGAUCAGACGAUGGAAGCGGCGUGCUGGAAGGCAGUUUGCUCGAUGAGAUGCCACCGUUCUCGGCUUGUUCGAUGUCUCCAUCGGCUCGAUCACUGUCACCGAUCGAGCUGGAACCGUUCGAUUCGCCCUGCUCAACACCGAAAUCGGGCCGCAGCUAUUCGGGUUGCAGCACACCGCUGUACGCGACACCACCACCGUCAACGCAGCAGCAUCAAAUAUUGAAUGGCAGCGGAAGCCAACCAGCAGAAGGGUAUGUUACGCUGGACGAGAUACAUGCCCGGAUCGGGCUGACCCCACCGGAUGGGAACGUUAGCCGAAGCCGGCUCAAUCUGGAAACCAUCUUCGAGGGUGUGUUUCUGGAAACGCCACCAAAGAAAGAGUUCCAGCCAAAGGGAAAUCUGUUGCGCCGUUCGAUACGGAAUCGGGCACUGCUGUGUGAGCGGGCGAGUGAUCAGAAAGAGAAUAUGUCAUGA